CUUCCGCUGCCCUUCUCUCUUCUUCUUUUGCGGGAUGUGCAGGGACCUGCUCCCGGGACAGGGAGCGUCGAUAGCCGCCGUCGCGACCAGAUAAAUUGACAUGAUGUGGAGCAACAAGUCAAAAGAGGUGCCUCUACAAAAUCUGAGGCAUAACCAAACCAAGGACUCUGCCAGAGAUCUAACUGCAGCAUGGGCUACUUUUUCUCAGACCAAGGCUGCUUUACGUCAUAUAGAGAACAAAUUGGAAAUAGCUCCCACCAGCACAGCUGUAUUUGAUUCUGUCAUGGAUGCCAAGAAGCCCUCUGCUAGUGCUAGCAGGAAAAUAAGCAGAAAAGCUUCCCAGUCCUCCAGCCAAAAUAAAUCGAGCAAGGAAAAGUCCUCACGCAGCCCUCUUCGAGCGACCACUCUUGAAAGCAAUGUGAAAAAAAGCAAUCAUGUGGAAUUUCAUGAGCCACUGGCUUCAUACAGGGAUACAUACAAUUCUCUCUCUUAUCAUGGUUCCAGCCAACUUGAGGCCAAUCAAUUGCUCUCUAGUUUGGACUUCAGUGAAGCACAAGGGAAGACGGAGAUAAUAGACCGUAUGAUACAUGACCGAGAUGAGCGGGAUCUACAGAGCAGAGAUUUUGAAAGCCCAUGUUCUUCUGCUGCAGGCGAGACUGUUGUUAGGUAUUUGAAUGACCGACCAGCUAUUGAUGCCUUGCAGAAUAAUGAGGCAUUUCUUAAGGCUGCAACACCUCCAAGAUUGGAUGAGGAAAAAAAUAGUGGCUCUGGAGGAGAUGAGAGUAGCACUAAAACUCCUCAGAGUAACACAUCCCGGGACAGUGAACUGAAAGCGUCUUCCUCUUCUGCCACCAGUACUUCUAGUGCUCAUAGGCUGGAGAUUUUGAAGCGGCAGCAGCAUGAUGCUAAGUUGGAGAAGCUGAAGGAGCGGAUUCGGAAGCAGUGGGAGCAUUCUGAAGAGUUGGGUGGCAGAGGGCAGCACUCAGGCUAUGUUGAGCAGCCUGUUGUGAUCACAAACAUGGAGAAUACAGUAACUCCCAAAGUCAGGAAAGUGGCAACUGCACCUGCUGCUCCAUCAUACAGAGGUUUCAAUCCUGCUGAAACAAGAAUUCGUACUCUAGAUGGGAAGAUCUGGCAUGAUGAAAAAUUUCACAUUAGUCGGGAGUUGUAUAGAGAUAUAGCACUACAGUUAACAGAACAUUCAACAGUGAAAGGAAAACCUAGUGAGAAAAACAAAGAGAAAAAAGCAACCAGACCAGUGCGGAAAGUACAAAAACUGACACGGUUGUCAAGUCCAGAGUCCAAACAAGGUGGAAACUAUGUAAUAAAUGCAUCCUCCUGGCGGGAGGGACAAAAGCUAGUAAAAAAGAUACUGGGUCCAGCUCCCAGAAUAGAACAGGACAGAAGAGCUGUAUCUAGUGACAGAACAGGACGAGAGAGAGCUGCCAAGACUGCAGGCUGUAUUGGAAGGACAGGUUCAGAUUCUAGACUGGAUGUUACCUGUAAAACCUCUUCAAGAAGUUUUGAAAGGUCAAGAAGUAAAGUACAUUCCGAGAAUAAUCUGAAGAAACUGAAAGCUGCUCUUCAAGAUGAUAAGCAAGAAGAUCAUGCCUCUGUAAAUAAGGACUUCCUGCCCAUAGAGAUACGUGGAAUUCUCGAUGACUUGCAGCUGGAUUCCAUGAGUACAAAGCAGGAGAAAGAUGGGGAAAAGCAGAAUCAGAAAUCUCUAUUGCCCACUCAAAAUGCCAGGAGUCACAGUCCCACCAAAAGGAAACCGGACAAGAUAGCCGCCAGUGAGGAGCCUCAGGUGAUCUCUAAGAAACGUCACUAUGAUACAGAUGAGGUUCGUCAGUACAUCAUCAGGCAACAAGAGGAGAGGAAAAAAAAGCAGAAUGAAGAGAAGAAAGCACAGAAGGAGGCAACGGAACAGAAGAACAAAAGGCUCCAAGAGCUUUACAGAAAGCAGAAGGAAGCUUUUACUAAAGUGAAGAAUGUGCCUCCUCCUGAGCCUUCAGCAGCCAAAAGGUUACAGGAAACCUAUUCUAAGUUAUUGCUGGAACAUACGAUUUUAGAAGAGCCACCUCAGCUGCCUACAGUGCAGGAAACACAGCCCAGACCUGGUUAUCAGCCAUCUGGGGAAUCUGACAAAGAAAACAAGGCUCAAGAGCGUCCUCCAAGUGCGUCUUCAAGUAGUGACAUGUCGCUUUCGGAACCGCAGCAGCCGCUGCUGAGGACUGAUUUGAUGGAGCCUCCAUGGAUACAGCCAGACAGGUUGAGCCCAAGAGUGCAGCUCUCUCACCCAUCAAUGCUCAUGGGCUCAAGUGGAGGCCCUUGCUCCCAACACUGGAGUCUGGAGCAGAUGGAUAUUUUGUCAAAGGAAUGUGAUGCCAUGAUGGCAGGCAAGAGGAAACAUGCUGCACCCAUGGGAUCACUGACCUUGAUGCCUCAGCUGUACCUGAAUUCAACUGCAGCACAGCAAAACCUCUUAGUGAAACCUACUGCUAAUCAAUAUAAGAGCAAAUUAGAUCGGAUUGAAGCUUUGAAAGCUACAGCUGCUUCACUUUCUAGCAGGAUUGAAAGUGAAGCCAAAAAGUUGGCUGGGGCUGGCAUCAAUUAUGGUACCAUGUGGAACUCGGACCAUGAAUUCAUGCAAGAAAAACAGGAUGAUGGGCGGUGGGCAAAGGCUGUGAGUCCUCCUGUGAGAGAGGAAAAUGAAGAUGCUAUUUCAGCCAGGAUUCAAAAAAUGUUGGGUACCUGUAUGUCUCAUACAGCCUUUGAUGACAGCCUUCCUGGUGCAGGCAACCUUAGUGAAUUUAAAAAGCUCCCUGACUCUAUCAGGCCUCAUGCUGAUGUAGUCAGCCUUGGAAUGAGGUCCCCUGCUGCUAACAGGCAUGAAGGGAUGCCAGGACAUUUAUGUAAGAGACAGACAGACUCCCUUGGGCAUGAAAACCAGGCUUACACUCUGAACAAAGCUGUAAUUCCUCAUGAGUCCAGCAUUGACUCCAUCAGUGAAGGGCCUCUCCCAAGUGACGGAAGCCUCUCUGAAGAGGAAGUAGGGCAGCACAGACAGUUGCCGCUGAAAAUGCUGGAGACAUUAAAGGAGAAGGAUUUCUGCAUUCGGGAUAGAAAUGCAUUUGAGCCCAUAAAGGAGUUUCAGAAAGCAGCCGAGAAAUAUUUGCCACUUUUCACUCAGACAAGUGAUGCACACAGCAAGGGGCCAUGGGAGGAACUGGCGAAGGGAAGUCCUCACAGUGUCAUCAACAUCUUUGCGAAAAGUUACCAACUUCAUGGAAAAGUGUUUGAUGAAAGGUUGAAUGGAGGGUCUGCCCUUCUGCACCCUUUACUCCCUGCCAUGAGCCCUCCAGAGAGCAUGGUUUCUUCUGAAGAUGACUUUGUCUCAUCACAGGAAAGUGGCACUUUAACAGACAAAAAGAUUGCACGUGACCUCAGUGUUGCUGGCAGCAGUAAUUCAAACAUUCAGGAAGAAGUUGCGAGUAGGAAGUCUCCUCAUGAACCUCAAUCUGCAGAGCUUGCUUCUCAGCAUUCAUCUGGACCACGGUCUGCAGCAUCUUCUCGCUCGUCUGCUUCCUCUAAAAAGAGAGGGAAAAAGGAACGGUUGGACUCUUUCAAUGGAAGUUCUCACCAUUUCCCUGUGGAAGAAGAUAAAGUGCUAUCUGAAUUGGAGAGGGCAUCCCAACCAACAAAGAAAUCCUUAUCAAGUAGCAGAAUUUCUAGUAAAGAUCAUGAACAGAACCCAGAUACAGACAGUACACUGGAAAACUUGUCUGGACACUCCCUGAUGAGUUUCUCAGACAAGGGAAGAUCCCAGAAGACACCAACUUCUUCCCCAUCUCCAGGUUCCCAAAAAAUGUUGCAGUUUGAUUCUAUAGGCAAUACAGCAGAAAGAGUCAAGUCACCUGCUGGCUUUACUGGAAGUACAGCCUCAGGGCUGAAGCAUAAUUCAGCCUCCCCCGACUUGAGUCUGGGAGCUAGUAGGUCUGUAGCAGGAGCAGCCUCUGCAAGUGGAUGUAUGCGCUUCUCCCCCGCUGGUCUUCAGCAUCGUUUAUCAGUAGAAUUGAACUACCUUAGUGCUAUUGAGGAGUCUGUGCGACAGCUGUCAGAUGUAGAACGAGUACGAGGCAUAUCACUUGCCCAGCAGGAGAGUGUUUCCUUGGCUCAGAUUCUAAAGGCUCAGCAGCAGCGCCAUGAACGGGACCUAGCUCUCUUAAAAAUCAAGGCUGAACAAGAAGCUUUAGAAAGUCAGAGACAACUGGACGAGGCAAGGCAGAAGGCAGCUCAGGUCCAUGCAGAGUCGCUACAGCAUCUUGUCCAGGCACGUCAGGAGGCUGUACAGGAGACCCAAUGCAAGGCUCCAGCCAAGCAGGAAGAAACUGCGCAUCUCACUACAGAUGCAGCUCACCAGACCCGUGAGAUGACUGAGUUAGCACGAACGGAUACUGUCAGCACUCCAGCUGCUCCAGUCACCACCUUGUUUGACCACCAGCGGCAGCAUCAUUCAGAGUUCAUGAAACAACUGAGAGCCCGAGCUGAUACAAACAGGAAAUGUGAGUCUGGUGCCAUAUCACAAAGUAAAGAGGGGAUAGGUGACUCGAAACAGACAUACUCGCCAAUGUUUGAUAGUUAUUCAGAGUCCUCAAGAUCGAAGGUUCAUGAUCAGAGUAGUGCCAGCAGCCGCCAAGAGAGUCCUUCAGUUCCAUCUUCUAAGGAGAACGAGAAAAAGCUUUCCCGUCGUGAAAAGAUAACUAGCAGUAUUGAAGACCAGGCACGUACUGGUGUGGAUGAUUCCUUGCGAAGUGAUAGUAUUUUAUCACUGCCAGAUGAAAAAGAUUCUGCUUCUGUUGCAACAGAAUAUUCCCUGAAAUUUGAUGAGUCCAUGACAGAGGAUGAGAUCGAAGAAAAGUCUUUUCGGUCUUUGCUGCCCUCUGAGAGUCAUCGCAGAAAUAACUUGGAGAAGAAACGGGGUAAUCGUGAUGAUUCUGAUGAGGAAGUUUCCCCAGACAAAACAGCUCUGUCAUCUAUCAAGGAGCUAAGCAUGCCAUUCUCAGGGGGACAAGAUAGUUUCUCUAAAUUUACCAUGGAGAUGGUAAGACAGUACAUGAAAGAAGAGGAAAUGCGAGCAGCUCAUCAGUCCUCACUGCUUCGGCUCCGAGAGAAAGCUCUGAAGGAGAAGACCAAGGCUGAAUUAGCUUGGCUGGAACACCAGAAGAAGCAUUUGCGAGACAAGGGAGAGGAUGAUAAAAUGCCUCCUAUUCGAAAGAGGCAGCGUGGUCUGCUGCUGAGAUUACAGCAGGAAAAGGCAGAAAUUAAGCGUCUUCAAGAGGCUAACAAAGCUGCUCGGAAGGAAAGACAGCUGAUCCUUAAACAGCAGGCGGAAAUAGAACGAAUACGUCAGACUACAAUUAAACUGCAGGAGAAGCUAAAGUCUGCAGGAGAAAACAAACUAGAACUUCACAGUGAGGAUGACGUCAAACAGAGCCAUGGUUCUAGCCCACUUCCAACUGAUGGAGAAACACGCAGCCCUUCCCCAAUCUCAAUCUCCAGCAGUGAGACUAGUAGCAUUAUGCAGAAACUUAAAAAAAUGCGCAGCAGAAUGGAUGAGAAACACUGCUCUCCUGUUCACUACUUCUUCUCUGUCUUUACGUCUCACCACUGGGCCUCUCUCAGUGUCUGUUUUCCCAAUCUUCACCCCAAAUUCCAGCUGUAUAUCUACAACCAAUUGGUCAGGUUUCUAACUAAGCGAGAACAGAAGCUGAUGCAGCGUCGACAACAUGCUGAAGAAUUGUUGGAGUGGAAACGCCGCCUGGAUGCAGAAGAAGCAGAAAUACGGCAGAUAGAAAAGCAGGCUCUAGCUGCCUGGGACAAAGAGCUGCUCAAAACCAAAACAGCCAAGAAAGAGCUGGGGGAUCAGAGAACUGAACCCAAAGAAACAGCUAGUGAAGAAGAGUCUCCAGUGCCUUCUUGCUGUCAUCUGAACAGUGAAAGCUCUGUCCCAGAAGAUCUGGGCAGUCUAGCUGCUGAGUCUGUCCCAUCAGAGACUAUGGGCCAUGGACAGCCAGAAAGCCCCGAUCAGAGUACAGCUAAUGAAGAAAUGGUUUAUUCUGAAGAGUUCAAGUCUGCCUCACCUGGCAAACUCUCUCCUCCCAGAAGCAGCAUAUCUGUAUCACGGCAAGAUUCCAGUAAAGGCAGCCAUAGAACUGGAGGACAGCUACGUUCACCUAUAAAGUCUCAUCAGAUAUCUCACAACUGGUCUGAUGAAUCUUUAUCUAUGACACAGUCAGAAACCACAUCCGAUCAAAGUGACAUUGAAGGACGGAUCAGGGCCCUGAAGGAUGAACUGCGGAAAAGGAAGUCUGUGGUUUACCAGCUGAAAAAGGAACAGAAAAAAAGACAAAAGGAGAGACUGAAGGCCCAGGAAGCCAGUUUGAUCAAACAACUGGAGUCAUAUGAUGAGUUUAUCAAGAAGACUGAAGCAGAGCUGAGCCAAGAUCUGGAGACAUCGCCAACAGCCAAACCUCAGAUUAAAACUCCAUCCUCAGCUGCUGCUGAAAAACCUAAGAUCAAGGCACCACCACUCCAUAGGCCUGAGACAGCUAAGAACUGGAAAUCACUGGCUGAAUCAGAGCGAUGCAAAGCAUCUUUGGAAUCCAUUUCAGAACAUGCAGAUACUGUGUCAUCAAAAACGGAGAGAUCUGUGUCUGUACGCGGCAAGAAAGUGGCCGUGACAGAUGUUCAUGGAGAAGAACCUUCUGGAAUACCUUCCUCAGUUUUAAUGUCACCAGAGCAUUCGAGAACAGGAACUGGUGAUUCCUUAGAAAAUGUACCCUUAUCAUCUUUUCUCAAAGAUGUUAGCAGAAUAUCCCAUGGGUCAGUGAACAACGUGAUAAAUGCAUCCAGUGAUAAGUCUGCCUUCAGUUAUAAAUCUGAGAUACAGGAAUACUUGGAAUACUUGAAGUCAGAGGAACAUGAAAUUGAAGGUUCUCAUGUCAAACCUUUGGAGAGUUCUGAUGUCUUGUUGACAUUAAGUAAUGAACAGGAGAGCUCAGAGGACAUCCUUGCAAAGCAAGUCCCCUGUUCUGAAAAUGAACACUCUCAGAAGGAACUGUUUAGUUUGGCUGUGGAAAGUCUUCAGGGUACGGAAAAAAUCUUGGAACAGAGACUGACAAAUAAACAUGCUGUAACUGGCCAAAAUACAGAAGAAUCUUCUUGCAGGCUCAGCAAAUCUGCAGAGGAAAAAGGUUAUCUGCUUUCAGAACAACUCUUUAGUGAAAAAGAGGCAUCGUACCUUGAAGACUUUGAAGGAUCCACCUCCAGAAAACAAGCAUCAAUUGAAGAAAUGCUUCCUGGGGAGCAUUACAAAGAUGACUUUGAAGCAUCUCCUCUCUCCCCUAAUGGGGACUCACUGAGAGAGCGGUCACAGCACACACAGACCAGCAGAAGCAGAUCCACCAGCCUUGGCAGUGAUGGUGAAAUCAGUGAAUACCUCAGUGACAGGUCUCUCUCUCUCUCUGGCAGUGUGCAUUCAGAGAGGUUAUUAGAACUGAAGUCCCCAACAGAACUUAUAAAAAAUACUGAACGUAGAGAUGUGGAGCAAGAACAGGCCCCUAUUGAAUCACCACUUUGGGCCUCCGUUUCGAUCAUAGAAGAAACAGAUAGUUUGCCAGAUUUCAACAUUGGUGAUAGAGUACUUGUGAGUAAAGUCCAACCUGGAACAUUGCGAUUCAAAGGCCUGACUAAAUUUGCCAAAGGUUUUUGGGCUGGUGUAGAGUUGGAUAAGCCUGAAGGGAACAACAAUGGGACUUAUGAUGGUAUUAAAUAUUUCGAUUGCAAGGAAAAGCAUGGUAUUUUUGCUCCUCCUCAAAAAAUCUCUCACAUUACAGAAAGUACCAAUAGCUAUUUAGACACAGGCAACGAUGAAGACUCAUUCUUCGAUGAUAGACUGGAGAAGCAACACAAAGCCUACCAGAAAGACAGAGGAAGUUCCAAACCUGGCAAAGAGGAUGAAAGCCAGAGCAGAGAUGUAACAGAGAACUAUUCCCACGAUAAAGGUCCUGCAGACACAGCUGUUUCAGAAGUCCCAGCUGAGGAAAGGCUUGAUGAGAAGUUGUCUUCUAAAGCAAACAGCAAAAACAUUUCUGUAGCUAUUGAAUCAUUUACCCAAGAACAGUCAGUGGUGGAUUAUCUGAAGCAUGUUGUAAAAGAGGAGGCCAGCCUUGCUCCUCUUAUUUCUAGCGUUGCAGAUGAGAUUUCCACUGUUCAGUUGGACGACAUCUCAGAUUUCCUUUCUGAAAAACUGGAGAGGCAGAAGACACUGGGAGAAGAAUGUGCUGAAAAGGUAGCUGACCUCCUUCCUGGACUUGUGGAGAAGCCUGCAACUCCACUUCUGGAUUUGCUGACAAAAGAAAAGAACCAGUUGGAAGCACAGCUUAGACUGCCACUUAGAGAAGAAGACAAGUCAAAAGACCAACUGGAAAAAGUCAGUUUGCUGACAGACAGCCUGCUUAGAGAUUUUGUAAAAGACACAGUUGAUCAGUUACAGCAAAUAAAGAAGGUCAGGAAUGAGAAAAUCCAGCUCAGCAACCAGGAGCUCUGUGAUGUAAAAGAGGAAUACAGUACCCCAUCCCAGCAGGUAGAAAAGCAAGUUCCUGAUGGACUGAAUAACCUUUUUCUGAGCUCCGAAUUUGAAGAUGAAAGAGAAGAACUUUCCUCUCCAGACAUGUGUCCCAGACCAGAGAGUCCAGUGUUUGGUGCCAGUGGUCAGGAAGAGCUUGCCAAGAGACUGGCAGAGCUGGAGCUCAAUCGGGAGUUCCUGAGUGUCCUGGGAGAUGAUCAAGACUGGUUUGAUGAGGACUAUGGCCUGAGUUCCCAUAAGGUCCAGCAGAAGCAAGCUGAGGAACCAGCAGUGCUGCCCAAGGUAGAACCUCAGCAAGUGCCAGCAAAGCCAUGUGAGGAGCCUUUGGCGGUCCCUCAUACUGCAGUGGAGGUGGAAGUUAUGGUGCAUGCAGCAGCUGAGGAACUCUGGAAACUAAAGGAGCUGGGUCAUGAUCUUCAAAGUUUCAGCCUACAUACAGAUCUUGAUAGUACUCUCAAAAAGCAGGACACAGACACUAUAAACAAACAGGUUUAUAAGAAGGUGGUAUUUGAUUUAACAAGAGAGAUCUUUGGGGAAAUGUUUGCUGAGGAUCCUAAUCUAAAUCAGCCUAUUUGGAUGAAACCAUGUAGGAUUGCAUCUGCUUACUUUCGCCGAGUGAAAGAUCCAAAUGAUCUGGAUGAAAUCAAGAGCUUCAUUGCAGCUGAAGUACUGAAGUUUUUCAGCCUCAGGAAGGAGCCUAAUCAUAAAACAGACUGGCAGAAGAUGAUGAAAUUUGGGCGGAAGAAACGAGACCGAGUGGAUCAUAUACUGGUACAGGAACUUCAUGAGGAAGAAGCGCAAUGGGUGAACUAUGAUGAGGAUGAACUGUGUGUAAAGAUGCAGUUGGCAGACGGGAUCUUUGAGGCCUUAAUCAGAGACACUGUUGAUGUGCUCAACCAGAUAAAUGAGAAACAGCGGAGACUGCUGCUUGUCUAACAGUGCUGAAAAUAAACUUACAGCUGCUUAACCACUGAAUCAGAAGCCAGCCUUUCUGACUCCUGAUGUACUCUCCACACUGCAAGCGCUGCUGCUGGACUUCCUUCCAUGUGUGGGGUUUAAAGGCAGUUCAGAUGUGAUUGAAAGAGUCUGAAUUUGCAUCCACUGCCAUUAGAGACCUUGCACUGGAUUUGGAACAAGCUGAUUCUUCACUUGAGGCUGCACUGGGGAAUGGUCAAGACUGUUCGUGUGCCAGUACAGUUACGUCACAUAACUGUCAGCAGCUGUCUGGAGCCCUGGCCUGGGGCUUUGACAUGUUCAGCUUGUUCUCUGAAAGGGUUUGGGUAAGUUGGAAUAUUAGCUAUUUUGCUGGAAUGGCUGUCAGCCAUCAGUAUUCACCUUGUCUUUAGAAGUGUGAGUAAUUGGGAGAAGAAAUGGUUUGGUCAGGUUUUAGUCUCAAAUGGAGACUUACCAUACUGAACAGUGUUCUAAUCCUAACACCUCUUCUCCUGCAGCCAAC